AUGAAUAAUAAGGAAGAAAUCAAUUUGUAUAUAGAAGAAAGACAGGAUACUCUUAUUUGGAUGCAAGAUGAGGUCCAACUUGAAAUUCUUGAGGAAGUUGUUACCUUCAUCCUAAACGAUAUCAAACAGAAAUUCCAGACUGACAUACUGACUUUGCGAGAUGAAGAAAAUCAAUAUUAUGAAAUUGAUUAAAUAGUGGAGUUCAAGCGUCCACACACAUACAUAACCAUACCCCAACGACAUGAUGUGAAAACACUUGCUAUGGUAUCUGUUUUUAACAAUAACUUCAGAAUUCUCUAAGACAAAAUCGUAGUAUCUAUCACAUUUCUAACGAAAAAGUUCUUGUAGAAAAAUUUAAAGGAACAAGAAAGGUUGAAAGCAUUGAUUAUGCCCUCGCAGUCAUUAAAAAAACCAAUUAAAAAUAUUUAGACACUUUAAAAGGUAUUUUUGAUGACUUAGUAAUACAACCAAAAAAAAGAAAUUCAGUUACUUAAGAAUCAUAGUAACCAAUCCAACAAUAGCAAAAUUAACCUGAAUCUCCUAAAUUUGGAUAGUAACCAAAAGAAGUGGCUUCUCCCAGUUGGAUUUCAAAAAGAGCAUUAAAUGAAAGCAUUAAGAAAUGUGAAUUAAAAUAACUUACAUUAGAAGAUGUAUAUGAUCAUAUCCUAAUAUUCAUAGGUAUCUAAACAUAACACAAGUGAUUCAGCAUGGAUUGUCAUUAAUUCUAAAGUUUACGAUGUUACUCAUUAUUUAAAUAAACAUCCUGGAGGUAAAGAAUAGUUGAUGAGGGGAGUUGGCAAUGAUGGUACUCCUCUAUUUAUGUAACAUCAUCCUUGGGUCAAUGCUCAUUAUCUAUUAGAACAUUCUUAAGUGGGAUUCUUAAUCAAUCAUAAAUGAAG